AAAAUUAAAAAAGGACAGCUGAAGUAGAAACGUUUAGUCCUUUCUUGUUUUCUGUGUUCUUACAGAGGGAGACAAACCAAUACAAUUUUUUUUUUUUCAAAAAAAAAAAAGUUAAAAAAUUCACCAAAAAUAAAUUCACAUACCCAUUUGCAGGAAUUGGAAAUCUACAGUGAAAAAAGAGCAAACAAAAAGUGAAUUUUGGAGUUUCAAAGUGGAGCAAAAUUAGGGUUUUUUUUGCUGAUUCUUGAAAAGGUUACAAUUACGUUCUUUUGCAUCUCUCAGUGAAGUUUAAACAACUAGGGAGGUUGCUGGAUAUUCCUCUUUAUCUCUUUCAGAUAUGAUGGAAAAAUUUGAUGCUACAAGAAUCUCUUUACAUCUCGGGAGUCCUAAUUUGUGAGUUACUGUUACAUUAUGAAACUGGAGGACUUCUUUACCUUGACUGAGAUGAGUAAUGGGCUCACUUCUCCUUCUCGAGUCCAGGAGCUAGUCUCCCUAAUGCAGAAGGAAAGAGAGAGUGUUGUCAAGAAUGCUGGUGAAACAACUAAGCAAUGGUCUGCCGUUGCAAGAACGAUAGCUGCAACUGAGAAUAAAGAGUGUCUUGAGCUCUUUAUCCAGCUAGAUGGGCUCAGCUUUAUUCAGAGUUGGUUAAAGGAUGCUCUAAGAUUUGGAAGUGAAACAGCUGAAUGCUUUGUAGAUGAGUCAAUUUGUCAUUCGAUUGAUUAUUUACUGCGAGCGGUUGAAAGGCUGCAUGUAGAUGAUAAGAAGUCAGUAUCUUCUGGAAUCUGGCAGACCGUGAAGAGCCUUCUUGGCCACAGUAGUUCUAAGGUGCAAGAGAGGGCUAAAGCACUAUUUGAUAGCUGGGAUACAGGGAAAGACAAUUGUAUGGUUUCAGUGGGUACUGAAAAAGUACAAGCAUCUAUUGAUGAUGGAACAAGAGAUGCUGGGAAUCUUGUUGGGGAAAAUGGGCUAUCUGAACCAUCUCCUGUGGAAGGAGGUUGUGGAGAAGAAAAGUCCGAGGAACAUGUUGGCAAUAAUGCUAUACUGUCUUCAAGGUCUGAUAUCCAUCAAUCUAGGGUUGGCGAUACUGCAACAUCCAACCAAACUUUAGAGCAUACACACAUGAAGGAUGCGUUUCUGGGCUCUUCUUUGUCAAAUUCGGUUACUGAAGAUCACAAGGUUGAACAACCGACACAUCAUGCAGAGUGUGCCAACGAUGCUAUUGAUAUGCCAAAUAUGUGCGCUUCUAUAGCUACGGGACCUGGUGCUGUUGAUGAACAGGCAGAUGUUCCUGUUCCAGAUUCCAUUAAUCACAUAAAAGAAGUCAGAAGUGCUGACAAAUUCAACACAGAAGUGUCUAAAUCAUUGGAAGACAGAACUAUUUCUUUAAUUACUGAUGUCAGAGAAGCUUUGGAUGCUGUUGCAGGAUCAGAUUUACAAAAACAAACUGAUGUCUCCAAUGAAAGUAAUUGUAGUGGAAAAUCUUCUUUAGGUGAUGCCUCGGUGGCUGAUCCCGUGGAAAAGACACUGGCAGAUGAUAGCAGACCUGAAAAUCAUUACAGCAGCAAGAUAGUGCUUGAAGGUAAAGAAAGCAGAAAUUGCAAUGAUGACAUAUUGCAGGACUCUGACAAGUAUAAUCCGGAACAUCCCAUAGAUUCUGUUGUUGGUCGGGCUGACAAACACACUAGUGACAACAGUGAGGACAAACACACUAGUGACAAUAGUGAGGACAAACACACUAGUGACAAUAGUGAGGACAAACACACAAGUGACAAUAGUGAGGACAAACACACUAGUGACAACAGUGAGGAUGAUAUUGAAAAUGAAAGUGAAUUUCAAGAAGCAGGUAAAGGAAGUAGAGACUCUGAUGUGUUUGGCAAGACAAGUGAUAUUGAUUUUGACUAUGGCAUCAUGGAUCCUUUAGAACUAGCUAGACAAGUUGCGAUAGAAGUGGAGAGGGAAGUUCAGAGCUGCAGUUCUUCUGACAAAAUAGUGGAGAGUAAAGUUCAUGAGCCUGGUAGCCCAGAUUCUAUUAGUGGAAAACAAUGCGAAAAAAGGUUUGAGUGCCCUAACAUGGAAGUAUCAAGAGGAAUUGCUCCUUUGACUGAACCUUCACUUGAUAACUCAGAAGCUAGGCCAUGCAAUGGAACAAUGGAACUGGAAUCUUCUCAGGUUGUUGAUGCCACUUUGGAUCUUGAAACCAACGCUGAGAAAGGUCUGUGCGGUUUUGAUCUGAAUCUAGAGGUUUGCUCAGAUGAUGUAGAUAGCCCUGUAAAUCCAAUCUCCACUUCCGUCUCUGUUGUUUCUGCUUCAAGGGCUGCAGCAGCCCCUGGAGUACCUAGUACUCCUUUACAGUUUGAAGGAACUCUUGGAUGGAAAGGAUCUGCUGCAACAAGUGCCUUUCGGCCUGCAUCACCUCGCCGGAUCCCUGCAGGUGAGAAGGCUGUUUCUUCUGGCGGAAAUGACAGCAGCUCAAAACAAAUGCAAUGUUUCCGUGGUAUUGAUCUAAAUGUAUCUGAAAGUGGAGAUGAUAGGGCUGCAGACCUUUUUCCUGAAAAGAAAGUUUCACUAUCAUCUGCUCUUCCUCUUGGGAAAUCUUCUCCUGAAGAUAGUUCAAGAAAAUCGGAAAUGUUAGAAUGGGAUCUUAACUGUGCAAGUGAGGAGGAUGAGGCACCAUCUGAUUGGCGUAUGGAGGGAACACUCUUGUCUCUGAGGAAUGGUCAUCUGAGCCAGUCGCCUUCAUCAUCAUCAUCAUCAAAGCAGCCUUCAUUAAGGAACUUUGAUCUAAAUGACCAGUCAUCUUUUCUCAAUGAUUUCUCGAAUCUGAACAACUUUAAGAAACCGUCUCAGAAUUUGAAUGCGUCUGGUGGAAUAAAAUCACGUGAUUCUGUAGUGACCAUCAUGGGCAUGAAGGUAGAGGUCAACCGUAAAGAUUCUGCUGCUCAGCCUUUUCCUUUCCCAAACGGUAGGGUAGCAGAAAACGCAGUUGAGCAUAAUGUUGCACGAGGCGGAGGAGUUUUAGGAAUGGGGUCUCCAUUUCAAUAUACCCCUCUUCCUGCUUUUGGUUACAGUGGCAUUGCUCCAGUUCCUCCCAUGGCUUUCUCCUCAUCGAUGUAUGGACCCAGUGGUCAUAUUCCUUACAUGGUGGAUUCCAGGGGGGCUCCUGUUGUACCUCAAAUUGGCGGAUCUGCAUCAGCAAUGCCACCAUCUUUCUCCCAACAACCAUUCAUCUUAAACAUGGGAAGUCCACCUGUUCCCAAUGGAGUUUGGCCAUCACGUAGUACUCUGGAUCUUGACACUGGCUUAGUACUUGAUCGUGGGAAUAAAGAUGUCGUAGGUCUGAGGCCAUUUUUUGAUCAAGGACAGGCUAGACCGAUGAAUGAACCCUUCAGUUUCAGCUUGCAACCCUCAACCAGCUUGAGUAUUGGUGGGAAACGCAAAGAACCGGAUGGUGGUUGGGAGCCUCAUCAUCCACCACCAUGGAAGUAGACUUCAUUUUGUUUCCCGCUCGUUAAACCAUUUUCGGGCAGUGUCUUGUAGCAGUAGGUAAAUUAAAGGUAGGGAGGGGUCUAUAGUGUGAUUUAAACUGGGAUGGGCAUAAUAUAGUUGAAUAAAGACGCUAGAUUUCUGAAUGUAAUAUGAUUCUUGAUAUUACUUGGGCAAAGAAGAAUAGGUGCAAAAGCUUACUGAUGUUCAACAUGUUUCUAACUUGUUUAUUCUGGACCUUCUGGUGA